AUGACAGAUGCCUUUGCAAUCAAUGGAAACAUUGAAACAAUAGAUUCCUCACAAGGAGGCAACAAAUCAUACAAAGAACUAUGGUGGUGGAAUGAAGAGGCCCAAACUACUAUAAAGGAGAAAAAUGCCCUAUAUAAAAUAUGGGACAAAUCCAAAAACCCAGAUGACAAGACAAAUUACAAAAAAUCCAAGAGAAGAACUACAAAGGCGGUGGCUAGGGCUGAUAUGGUAUGCGAUGACAUGUAUGAAGAACUACAUAUCAAAGAUGGGCAAAAUAAAAUAUACAGAUUAGCCAAACAGCGAGAAAUGAAUUCUAAGGAUAUAAACGGAGCUCCUAAAGUAAUCAAAAAUAAAGAUUGGAAAUUGAUAAUAAAGGAAAAAGAAAUAAUGAAUAGAUGGAAAGAAUAUUUUCAGGAGCUUCUCAACUUUAAUCCCCACAUACUACAUCUAGAUGAACACACCCCAUGUCAAAAUUUUGUACAACUAAUAACAGAACAAGUAAUAAUCACAUGUCUCAGCAUAUGA